AUGGAAUCAUAACUUAAGUUCAUUUGUAUCAGAUAACACAUGUUUCUGGAUUAAAAGUAUGUACUUCUACUUUUACCAAACAAGAUAACUUUAAGUCAAGUAUAAAAGCUAAAUAAUAAAGUUUGGAAAAGAACCUAAAUACAUUAUAGAAUUGUAAUUAAGCAAUUUUAUUUCUUGGCAACUCAAUCACUAGAAUUAAAUUGUUAGUUUUGGGAUUAUUUGGAAUAGAAUUGAAAAACUAUUCCAUUCUACUCAAGAAGACUUAAUGAAGCUCCGAUUUGCAAUAAGAAAUCAAAUUAUGUUUAAAACUGUACAUUAAUUAUACAGACCUCUUUCAUUAUUAGGAGGCAGUAAUUAAGAUGAAGUAAAAAAUAAAAAUAUAUUAAGUUGUAUUUAUGCUCUGAUUUAAUCGAUAACAAAUAAUAUGAAAUCAAAUGUCAUGCUAAAAAUCAGUUUGAAGAUUCAAUGGUAUAAUUUUACAUUUAAUUAGUCUCGUAUUUAUAAUGAAAUAUAAUGUCUAACUAAAAUAAAAUCUGAUUAUGUUUAAAAUUUACAUGAAGUUUUUACAGGAGAAAAUACUGUCUAUUUAAUUUAAGAAUACUUGGAAGGUGUAAAUUUAAAUGAAUUAGUUAACAGGGUGACUUUGGACAAAACUUAAAUUUAAAUGAUUAUGAAAGUAAAUUUGAUUACUAUAUAUAGCAAUUACUUAAUGCUGUUAGAGAUAUUCAUUUCCACAAUAUCAUGCAUAGAGACAUUAAACCAACUGCAAUUGUUUUUUAAAAUAAAGAUUCAAUAGAGGGACUUAAAUUAACUGACUUUCAUUUGUCUAUACCUAUUGAUUCUAAAAUAAAUUUAAGAGAAUAUGGGACUCCAGGAUAUGCAGCACCUGAGAAAUUCAAAGAUAAUUAUAAUGAAAAAGUAGACAUCUUUAGUGUUGGUUGUAUCUUUUUUAAAUUGUAUUAAUUUUCUUGAUUUAAUUAGAGUUACAAAAAGAGAUUUAUUUCAUGGUAAAACAACAAAUGAAAUACUAAAACUUAAUAGAAUCUGUAAUAUUGAUUUCUAAAUUCUACAAAUAUAUAAAUUAAAUUAAAAUGAGUUUAAUUUAUUGAAAGAUUUAUUAGAAUUAGAUCCAGAAAAGAGAAUAAGUGCUGAAUAAGCAUUAGCUCAUCCUUAUUUUAAUAAUGAAAUUAUUCAAGAAGAUUAAUUAAUGAAUAAAUAAAAAUCAUUAUCUGCAUAAAUUUAAUUAGAUAGAAGUAAUGGAGUAUUUCAAACUCAGACAAAUAAUUUUGAAAAAAAUAUUGAAGAAUUUUUGGUUGAUUAAGAAUUACCAAAUAUUUGUGCCAUACCAAAUUUCAAAGUUUUAAUGAAGGAUUCUAUAAUAUAAAACCCUCAGGUUAGAAAAAAAUCUAAAUUAAAGAAAAGUGAAACUUAAGAAUACCCUUAAUUAAAUUUUCUUAAUCAUUAUUAAGUUAGAAAAUCAGUUCACUAAACUAUUGUUUGA